GUCACGUUUAGGUCAAGUGCCAAUCCGUGAUGGGAAACCUCGCGAGUUCGAAUCUCGUCAGUGUCAUCUUUUUAUCAUUUUUAUCCUCGCUUACGCUUGUUGUGGGUAACUUUUAUCGAUCAAUCGCAUGUGGACACAUCACAUGUGGAUGCCAUUGUCAUCGUCCACAGCGACGACGGUAUAAGAUCUCGCAACCUUUUUUAAAAAAAAAAACGUCUUGCCAUCAGUAGUAACAAUGGCUAACCAAGGCACAGCCUUAUGCACCCCCCUGCCAUCUCCCUCCAAAUCUUCCUGUCGUCCAGUACCUCUACGGCUACAAAGCCUUGGAGUUGAUCCGAGCCUUCUAGUUGGCAAGGUACUAAGGAAACUAAGCCGUUCUCCAAAACAUCCUACUUUAACCCUGGAUUUCUCGGACAACACUACAUUUCAAAUUCUUGUUGAUGGUUAUGACCCUGUUCAUAGAGGUCUUCCCAAGGAACUUGAAAUGGACUCGUCUCUAGAGCAGCUUCUCACAACAGGGCAAGCGCAUGUACAGUGGACAAUCAAAGAUUGUGCUCUCAUAACCUUGACAGACAAGGCAUUCGAGUCGAGAGAGAGGGAACAACGGUGGGACCAGAAUCAUACCGGAGUCGCAUUUCGCUUCGUUGAAGACCAGAUGUGGCAUUGCGUAUGGGCCACUCUGACGGAUCAUGACCGCGGUAUAUGCGUCUUUCGCAGCUACGACGACGUUUAUAUUGAUCAACUACAUCGUCUUCCUCGAAAACGUCGUGCAAACGUACCCGACUCCCCCAUAGAUCUUCGCUGAUCCAUGUCACUGUCACAUUGAUCAAGUCCCCCUUAGCAUGAGGUUUCUUAUUUAAAAGAUAUUUACCUUCUGUCCACGCAUAAAUCUUCAAGUUGCAUCUGUACCACUACUGU